UGGAAGGAAGCAUUUAAGUGUGGGACCGCAAGAAGCGCUUGUAAACAGAGAGCCGGGCCGGAAUGGUCGGUGGCCGAACGGGCCGUGACCGGAGGAGAGCUGGCUGCCAAAGCCGAACCACAGCCAGAAGUAGGCUGCAGGCCCCGCAGGUGAAGGGGGAGAAGUAGCCGGAGGCCAGGAAAUUAAAGAUGGUGGUGACAUUGCCUUGACAAGCACUUCCUGUUGUCUUUACAGAGGUCUCACUGAAGAAUAAUUUCAAAGGAAUGUUUGUCUCCCAGUACCUUUGUUGAUGACUGUUAUCAUCUAGCAGAUGUUUUUAAUGUCCUGGAAAACAUCAACCACCCUUGUGCUUGGCCUGCUCUGAGCAGCUGAAUGAAAGUUCCUUCCAGUUGUUUCCAGAACUCUGUUGCCCAAAACUUUACCUCUCUUUGUCGGGUGAAUGUUCAUGAAGCCCUUUCCUGAACAAGUUUAGGAGGCUUAGGCCUCUUGGAGCCUGUGACAUGGAAGCUUUGGAAGUGGAUGAUAUCAGCCCAGCCCUGGAAGUUACUGAGGAUUUCUUUACUACUUUCGAUAGUAAGCUAGAAAAGGCUGUGCAGCAAGCAGAGGUUUAUGGGAUUCAGGAAGUUCCUGAACUGGUGGGGCAUGAGGUCCUCAGUAACAUAGACAAUGGUGCUAUCAGAAAUGUCUCCUCCCUGGGCAAGGGAGGCAUGAUCUGGGACCAUUGUAAGACCAGGUUCUUAGAAACCAAAGCUCAAAAUGUCUUUCCUGCCAAAGAACAGUUUAUGGUCCAGAAAGGGACAACCCCAGAUAAUCUGUCCUGGAUGGAACAAAAGGAAGCUUCAACCUUUGAUUUUUUCAACAUCUGUCAGCGUCGGAGGGACAGACCUCGUUCUGUGAAUGACUUAUUGGAUGAGACUUCUACUUUUAAGCCCGGCCAUGCUCGAUCAAGGUCAGAUAUUAGCCAGGUGGACUGGAGGGUGGUCCUCAAAACCAUGCCUCUGCAGCAGCAGCAACAACCAUCUUUUCAGGCCCCUCACUUCACCAGGACGUCUUUUCUAUUGUCCUCAUCAAACAAGGUAGAAGAUGCUCAAGGAAAUAUGGAACACAAGGAGGCAUUCCCAAACAUUCUGAAAAAGGGUUACCUGGAGAUUCGGAAGGACCACGACAGUUACUGGCAAAGCUGUUACGCGGAACUCUCCCCCUACAGCUUAUACUUCUAUAGCCUCGACAGCAGUGGGAAUCAGAACCUCUGUGGAACGUAUCAGCUGUCACACUUCCAGAGCAUAUCUGUUCUGGGCAACCUCGAGGCCAGGCUGGUGGAUACUGUUCUGUAUGACAACACUCAGCUGCAGCUAAAGGCAGAGUCGCCAUGGGAGGCUUUGGACUGGGGGCAGAAGCUUUGGGAAGGUGUGCACGCCGCCGCGCCUGCUUGCAUGGGACGGCCAGAGGAGCUGGCUGACUCACCGGGGCUCGGUCAUCAUGUCGAUUGUCCACAGAAUCGUUGUUUGCAGAAGAAAUCCAGUGAGCUGCUCGCGCCAUCCCCUGUCUUGGAUAGCCCCAAAGAGUACCAAAACAUCCUCAAAUCGGGGACGCUGUACAGGCUGACCAUCCAAAACAACUGGAAGGCAUUUACGUUUGUCCUGAGCCCGGCCUACCUGAUGGCUUUUCAGCCUGGCAAGCUGGACGAGGAUCCCCUGCUGAGCUACAAUGUGGAUGUGUGUCUGGCCGUCCAGAUGGACAACCUGGAUGACUGUGACUCUUGCUUUCAAGUCAUUUUCCCCCAAGAUGUCCUCCGCCUCCGUGCUGAGACCCGGCAGAGGGCCCAGGAGUGGAUGGAGGCUCUGAAAACGGCUGCCAAUGCGGCAAGGAGUUCAGAACAAAACCUGCAGGUCACGCUGAGGACCAAACCCAAGGAUCAGAUGGGUGGGCAUGAACUCAGGAAGAACAAACGCCAGUCUGUGACCACCAGCUUCCUCAGCAUCCUGACGACUUUGUCUUUGGAACGAGGACUCACUGCUCAGAGUUUCAAAUGUGCAGGAUGCCAGCGAUCCAUAGGCCUUUCCAAUGGGAAAGCCAAGGUGUGCAAUUACAGCGGGUGGUAUUACUGCAGCAGCUGCCACGUGGACGACAGUUUUCUCAUCCCGGCCCGCAUAGUCCACAACUGGGAUACUUCAAAAUAUAAGGUGUCUAAGCAGGCCAAAGAGUUUCUGGAGUACGUGUACGAAGAGCCCCUGAUCGACAUCCAGCAGGAGAACCCCAUGCUGUACGGACACGCCGAGCCGCUGGCCACCGUGGUGCGCCUGCGGCAGCGGCUGAAAUCACUGCGAGCCUAUUUGUUCAGCUGCCGGGCAGCGGUGGCCGAGGAUCUGCGCCGCAGAAUUUUCCCCAGAGAAUACCUCCUUCAGCAGAUCCACCUGUAUUCCCUCGCUGAUCUGCAGCAGGUGAUAGAGGGAAAGCUGGCUCCGUUCUUGGGCAAGGUCAUUAAAUUUGCUGCCUCACAUGUGUACAGCUGCAGUCUUUGUAGCCAGAAGGGGUUCAUCUGUGAAAUCUGUAACAAUGGAGAGAUCCUCUACCCUUUUGAGGAUAUUUCAACAAGCAGAUUCAUUUUUAGAACGAAGAUGGGGAAGGAAGAAUCCUCACAACCAUCCCAGGUCAAGUGAUAGGCAAUGGAAAUCACAGUCACAGAGGAAGACCAAAACUGGAUUGGCCACUAGGAAGAAAACCAGAGGACACUGAUGAACAGCCCUCUGGCUCACCACAUGCUCUUCUGCAUAAAUGCACUGCAGUGUAGUGAUGAAAGUUUUAGGACCCAAAGGAGAGAAAAGUGGGAGUUCACGUGGGAUUAUUUUUCUAACCAAAGUAAUAUUUGGGUAUCGUCACUUCCAUUGAUUGAUGGAUGAUUUUUUCCCCAGCCUAAGAGCGGGGUUUUUCCUGUCACUUUUACUGAGUCAUAAAAUGAUGCAUAUCACAUUUCCUUUCAUCCCAAAAGCAUAACAGAAAUAUACAUUGUAUGUAUGUGCACUGGCUUCUUUGGGCACGAAUGUCACGGCUCAUUUCCCACCCUGCUGGGCUCACUUACUCUGUGGUUCAGAAUAGAAGGUGAGGCACAUAGCCAGGGAGGGUUGAAGCGUGUGUAGUAGAGCUAAGAUAUUAAGAGUUGACUCAGCCCUUCUGGCCUCUUCUUAAAUGCAGAGGCUAUUUGUAAACAUCCAGGCCCCACACACAGAAAGACAAGACACAUAAACACAAGACCCACACACACACACAUGCACACACUCCAGCCUCCAGUUUCCUGAGUACAGGUAUUUAGCUAAUAAUCUAAAGAUUAUAUACUUCUUAAAAAUGUAUACCACACAAAAACUUGUAUACACAUGCUCGUAGCAACAGUAUUGAUAAUAACCAAAAACUAGAAACAAUAUAAAUGCCUAUCAGCUGAUUACUGGAUAAACAAAAUGUGACAUAUACCCACAGUGGAAUAUUAUUCAGCCUAAAAAGGAAUGAAGUAUAUGCUGCAACGUGGAUGAACCUUGAAAACAUUACGCUGAGUGCAAGAAACCAGACACAAAAGGCCACAUAUGUUCCAUUUAUAGGAAGUGUUCCAAAUAGGCAAAUCCAUAGAGACAGAAAGUAGAUUAGUAGUCGCCUAGAGCUUGGUGAAAGGGGAAAAGGGAGUAACUACUAAUGGGUAUGGAUUUCUUUUGGGAGUGAUGAAAAUGUUCUAGAAUUAGAUAAUGGUGAUGGUUACACAGUCUUGUGAAUACAAUAAAAAGCAGUGAAUUUUAUGCUUUAAAAGAGUGAAUUAUACUGCAAUAAAAAUAUUUAAUAAAAAAUUAAAUUUAAAAAAUGCUUCCAACUGAAUAAACCAUAUAUUCUGGGCCAUAAAAGAAGUCUCAGUAAAUUUAAAAAGAUUGAAACCAUACCAAAUAUGUUCUCUGACACAUGGAAUUAAGAUAUCCAGUAGAAAAAAAAAAUCUGGGAAACCCCAAAAUAUUUGGAAAUUAAAUAAUACACUCUAAAAAUUCAUGGGUCAAAGAAGAAAUCCACCACAAGAGAAAUUUUAAAAAUAUUAGUAAAUGAAUGAAAAUGAAAUACAAAAUAUCAAAAUGUAUGGAAUGCAGCUAAAGUAGUGCUCUGAGUGAAAUUUAUAGCUAUAAACACCUAUAUCAGAAAAGAAGAAAGAAGUUCUCAAAUUAAUAAUCUAAAAUUCCACUUUAAGAAACGAGAUAAUGAAGAGCAAAAUAAAUCCAAAGCAAGCAGGAGGAAGGAAAGGAUAAAGAUUAGAGCAGAUAUCAAUGAAGUAAAAAACAGAAAAGCAGUAGAUUGAUGAAACCACAAAUUAGUUCUUUGAAAAGAUCAACAGGGACUUCCCUGGUGGUCCAGUGGUUAAGAAUCCGCCUUCCAAUGCAGGGGAUGCGGGUUCGAUCCCUGGUUGGGGGAGUAACAUCCCACAUGCCACAGGGCAACUAAGCCUGUGCACCACAACUACUGAACACAUGAGCCAUAACUAGUGAGCCCGCAUGCUGAAACUGCAGAGCCCUCACACUCUGGAGCCUGUGAGCCACAACUACAGAGCCCACGCACUCUGGCUCCCAUGCACCACAACAAAAGAUCCCGUGUGCUGCAACUAAGAAAGACCCAACUCAGCCAAAAAUAAAUAAAUAUUUUUUAAAAAUAUAUCAACAAACUUGAUAACCCUUUAGGUAGGCUGACCAAGAAAUUAAGAGAGAAGACAUGGAUUCCCAAAAUCAGGAAUGAAAAAGCGUACAGCAAUUUAAAAAAUUUUAAAGAGAUAGUAUAAACAACUUCAUGCCAACAAGUUAGACAACUUAGAUAAAAUGGAUAAAUUUCUGGAAAGACAAGUUACCAAAACUGACUCAAGAAGAAAUAGAAAUAUGAAUAGACCUACAAGAAAUUGAAAUAGUAAUCUUAAAUUACUUUAAAUCUUCCCAUGAAACAGUUGGAUGGCUUCACUGGUGAAUUUUGUUGAAUAUUUAAAGAAAUAAUACCAUCCUUUACACAGUGAUAAAGAGGGGCAUUACAAUAAUGAUAAUGGGGUCGAUUCUUCAAAAAGACAUAACAGUCCUUAGUGUGCAUGAACAAAGAGUCAAAAUACAUCAGACAAAAACUAAUAGAACUACAUGGAGAAACAGAUGAAUCCACUGUUCUAUUUAUAUAUAUACACUAUUAUAGUUACAGACUUCACCACCACUCUAUCAGUAACUGAUGGAUCCAGUAGGCAGAAAAUCAGUGAGCAUAUAGUUAAACUGAAAAGCACUAUCAACCAAGUGAAUCUACUUGACAUCCAUGUCAAUUCAUGUGGUUCAUCCAACAACAACAGAAUUUGCAUUCUUCUCAAGUUCACAUGGAAUAUUUACCAAGAGAGACCAUAUUUUGGGCCAUAAAACACAUCUGGACAAAUUUUAAAGAAUAAAAAUUACGCAAAGUAUGUUCUCAGACCAUAAUGAAAUUAAACUAGUAUUUCAUAACAGAAAGAUACCUGGAAAAUACCUACAUAUUAGAAGAUUAACAGUAUACCUUCAGAGACAGCAGAAGCAAGAAGAACUACAAUCCUGCAGCCUGUGGAAUGAAAGCCACAUUCACAGAAAGAAAGACAAAAUGAAAAGGCAGAGGACUAUAUACCAGAUGAAGGAACAAGAUAAAACCCCAGAAAAACAACUAAAUGAAGUGAAGAUAGGCAACCUUCCAGAAAAGGAAUUCAGAAUAAUGAUAGUGAAGAUGAUCCAGGACCUCAGAAAAAGAAUGGAGGCAAAGAUCGAGAAGAUGCAAGACAUGUUUAACAAAGACCUAGAAGAAUUAAAGAACAAACAGAUAAACAAUAAAAUAACUGAAAUGAAAAAAUACACUAGAAGGAAUCAAUAGCAGAAUAACUGAGGCAGUAGAAUGGAUAAGUGACCUGGAAGACAGAAUGGUGGAAUUCACUGCUGCAGAACAGAAUAAAGAAAAAAGAAUGAAAAGAAAUGAAGACAGCCUGAGAGACCUCUGGGACAACAUUAAAUAAACAAUAUUCACAUUGUAGGGGUCCCAGAAGGAAAAGAGAGAGAGAAAGAACCCCAGAAAAUACUUGAAGAGAUUAUAGUCGAAAACUUCCCUAACAUGGGAAAGGAAAUAGCCACCCAAGCCUAGGAAGUGCAGAGAGUCACAGGCAGGAUAAACCCAAGGAGAAACACGCUGAGACACAUAGUGAUCAAAUUGACAAAAAUUAAAGACAAAGAAAAAUUAUUAAAAGCAACAAGGGAAAAAUGAGAAAUAACAUACAAGGGAACUCCCAUAAGGUUAACAGCUGAUUUCUCAGCAGAAACUCUACAAGCCAGAAGGGAGUGGCACGAUAUAUUUAAAGUGAUGAAAAGGAAGAAACUACGACCAAGUUUACUCUACCCAGCAAGCAUCUCAUUCACAUUUGACAGAGAAAUCAAAAGCUUUACAGACAAGCAAAAGCUAAGAGAAUUCAGCACCACCAAACCAGCUCUACAACAAAUGCUAAAGGAACUUCUCUAAGUGGGAAACACAAGACAAGGACCUACAAAAACAAACCCAAAACAAUUAAGAAAAUGAUAAUAGGAACAUACAUAUUGACAAUUACCUUAAAUGUGAAUGGAUUAAAUGCUCCAAGCAAAAGACAGAGGCUUGCUGAAUGGAUACAAAAACAAGACCCAUAUAUAUGCUAUCUACAAGAGACUCACUUCAGACCUAGGAUCACAUACAGACUGAAAGUGAGGGGAUUGAAAAAGAUAUUCCAUGCAAAUGGAAAUCAAAACAAAGCUGGAGUAGCAAUACUCAUAUCAGAUAAAAUAGACUUUAAAAUAAAGAAUGUUACAAGAGACAAGGAAGGACACUACAUAAUGAUCAAGGGAUCAAUCCAAGAAGAACAUAUAACCAUUAUAAACAUAUAUGCACCCAACAUAGGAGCACCUCAAUACAUAAGGCAAGUGCUGACAGCCAUAAAAGGGGAAAUCAACAGUAACACAAUAAUAGUAAGGGACUUUAACACCCACUUUCACCAAUGGACAGAUCAUCCAAAAUGAAAAUAAAUAAGGAAACACAAGCUUUAAAUGACACAAUAAUCCAGAUAGAUUUAAUUGAUAUUUAUAGGACAUUCCAUCCGAAAACAGCAGAUUACACUUUCUUCUCAAGUGCACAGGGAACAUUCUCCAGGAUAGAUCACAUCUUGGGUCACAGAUCAAGCCUCCGUAAAUUUAAGAAAACUGAAAUCAUAUCAAGCAUCUUUUCUGACCACAACACUAUGAAAUUAGAAAUAAAUUACAGGGAAAAAUACAUAAAAAACACAAACACAUGGAGGUUAAACAAUAUGUUACUAAAUAAACAGGAGAUCACUGAAGAAUUCAAAGAGGAAAUCAAAAAAUACCUAGAGACAAAUGACAACAAAAACACAACGAUCCAAAACCUAUGGGAUGCAGCAAAAGCAGUUCUAAUAGGGAAGUUCAUAGCAAUUCAAGCUCUCUUCAAGAAACCAGAAAAAUCUCAAAUAAACAAUCUAACUUUACACCUAAAGGAACUAGAGAAAGAAGAACAAACAAAACCCAAAGUUAGUAGAAGGAAAGAAAUCAUAAAGAUCAGAGCAGAAAUAAAUGAAAUAGAAACAAAGAAAACAAUAGCAAAGAUCAAUAAAACUAAAGGCUGGUUCUUGGAGAAAAUAAACAAAAUUGAUAAACCUUUAGUCAGACUCAUCAAUAAAAAGAGGGAGAGGACUCAAAUCAAUAAAAUUAGAAAUGAAAAAGGAGAAGUUACAAUGGACACUGCAGAAAUAUAAAGCAUCGUAAGAGACUAGUACAAGCAACUCUAUGACAAUAAAAUGGGCAACCUGGAAGAACUGGACAAAUUCUUAGAAAGGUAUAACCUUCCAGGACUGAACCAGGAAGAAAUAGAAAAUAUGAGCAGACCAAUCACAAGUAAUGAAAUUGAAACCGUGAUUAAAAAUCUUCCAACAAACAAAAGUCCAGGACCAGAUAGCUUCACAGGUGAAUUCUAUCAAACAUUUAGAGAAGAGCUAACAACCAUCCUUCUCAAACUCUUCCAAAAAAUUUCAGAGGAAGGAACACUCCCAAACUCAUUCUAUGAGGCCACCAUCACCCUGAUACCAAUACCAGACAAAGAUACUACAAAAAAAGAAAAUUACAGACCAAUAUCACUGAUGAAUAUAGAUGCAAAAAUCCUCAACAAAAUACUAGCAAACAGAAUCCAACAACACAUUAAAAGGAUCAUACAACAUGAUCAAGUGGGGUUGAUUCCAGGGAUGCAAGGAUUCCUUAAUAUACACAAAUCAAUCAAUGUGAUACACCAUAUUAACAAAUUGAAGAAUAAAAACCAUAUGAUCAUCUCAAUAGAUGCAGAAAAAGCUUCUGACAAAAUUCAACACCCAUUUAUGAUAAAAACUCUCCAGAAAGUGGGCAUAGAGGGAACCUACCUCAACAUAAUAAAAGCCAUAUACAACAAACCCACAGCAAACGUCAUUCUCAAUGGUGAAAAACUGAAAGCAUUUCCUCUAAGAUCAGGAAAAAGACAAGGAUGUCCACCCUCACCACUCUUAUUCAACAUAGUUUUGGAAGUCCUAGCCAUGGCAAUCAGAGAAGAAAAAGAAAUAAAAGGAAUACAAAUUGGAAAAGAAGAAGUAAAACUGUCACUGUUUGCAGAUGAUGUGAUACUAUACAUAGGUAAUCCUAAAGAUACCACCAGAAAACUACCAGAGCUAAUCAAUGAAUUUGGUAAAGCUGCAGGGUACAAAAUUAAUGCUCAGAAAUCUCUUGCAUUCCUAUACACUAAGAACAAAAGAUCAGAAAGAGAAAUUAAGGAAACAAUCCCAUUCACCAUUGCAACAAAAAGAAUAAAAUACCUAGGAAUAAACCGACCUAAGGAGGUAAAAGACCUGUACUCAGAAAACUACAAGACACUGAUGAAAGAAAUUACAGAUGAUACAAACAGAUGGAGAGAUAUACCAUGUUCUUGGAUUGGAAGAAUCAAUAUUGUGAAAAUGACUAUACUACCCAAAUCAAUCUACAGGUUCAGUGCAAUCCGUAUCAAAUUACCAAUGGCAUUCUUUAUAGAACUAGAAAAAAAUUUUUUUAAUUUGUAUGGAGACACAAAAGACUCCGAAUAGCCAAAGCAAUCUUAAGGGGAAAAAACAGAGCUGGAGGAAUCAGACUCCCUGACUUCAGACUAUACUACAAAGCUACAGUAAUCAAGACAAUAUGGUACUGGCACAAAAACAGAAAUAUAGAUCAAUGGAACAGGAUAGAAAGCCCAGAGAUAAACCCACGCACCUAUGGUCAACUAGUCUAUGACAGAGGAGGCAAGGAUAUACAAUGGAGAAAAGACAGUCUCUUCAAUAAGUGGUGCUGGGAAAACUGGACAGCUACAUGUAAAAGAAUGAAAUUAGAAUACUCCCUAACACCAUACACAAAAAUAAACUCAAAAUGGAUUAAAGACCUAAAUGUAAGACCAAACACUAUAAAACUCUUAGUGGAAAACAGAGGAAGAACACUCUUUGACAUAAAUGACAGCAAGAUUUUUUUUGACCCACCUCCUAGAAUAAUGGAAAUAAAAACCAAAAUAAACAAAUGGGGCCUAAUGAAAUUCAAAAGCUUUUGCACAGCAAAAGAAACCAUAAAGAAGAUGAAAAGACAACCCUCAGAAUGGGAGAAAAUAUUUGCAAACGAAUCAAAAGACAAAGGAUUAAUCUCCAAAAUAUAUAAAUAGUUCAUACAGCUCAGUAUUAAGGAAACAAACAACCCAAUCGAAAAAUGGGCAGAAGACCUAAAUUGACAUUUUUCCAAAGAAGUCAUACAGGUGGCCAAGAGGCAUAUAAAAAGCUGCUCAACCUCACUAAUUAUUAGAGAAAUGCAAAUCAAAACUCUAGUGAGGUAUCACCUCACACUGGUCAGAAUGGGCAUCAUCAGAAAAUCUACAAAUAAGAGACGCUGGAGAGGAUGUGAAGAAAAGGGAACCCUCCCGCACUGUUAGUGAGAAUGUAAAUUGAUACAGCCACUAUGGAGAACAGUAUGGAGGUUCCUUAAAAAACUAAAAAUAGAAUUACCAUAUGACCCAGCAAUCCCACUACUGGGCAUAUACCCAGAGAAAAACAUAAUUCAAAAAGACACAU